GGUGAUGCCCAGAUCCCACUCUAACCUCUGACCCCUGACCCUCAUCUGCCCUGUGCUCCUCCCAAUCAGAUCAAGCAGCGACCACCAGAACCUGGAACGCACCUGAGUCCACAUCUCCCUCUCCUCCCAGGACUCAUCUCCGCCCCUGCCCCCACCAUGGCCUCCCUGCCCCAGCUUUGAGCAGUCCAGAGUCGCCCCCCGGGGCCCCCAGAUCCCCAUCUCCCCACAGGCCCGCUGUGCACCUGCUGCAGAACUCCUUUGGUGGCCUCGCCAUAUACUCAGGGGGCCGCCCCAGGGCUGCGAGCCUCAGGGGUGAGUGGGGUUGAGCAGCACUCCAGGGGUGGGGGAGGUUCAUUCUCCAGCUUCACACAUGGAGGUCAUGUUCAGAGGCCAUAGUUGGGGGUGGUUGGGUCUGUUGGGUCUUAUUCUGGGGUCACAUUAAAUAAUGUUCUGGGGUGACAUUAAAGAGUCCCUGGAGGUUUCAUCCAGGGGUCACUCAGGGUCACUGUGAUCUUUUUUAAGGGUCAGUGGGGUAAAAUUCAGGUGUCAUCGAGGUCAUACUUUGGUGUCAUGUUGGGUCACAUUCAAGGGACAUAAUCAAGGAUCACAUAAUAUCAAGGGCACUGGGCCCAUAUUCAAAGGCCACUCGAGGGUCACAUUCAGGGUUUGGGCCAGAAUUGCACCUGUCCCUCCUGCUGGCUAUAAGGGGCACCGAUGCCUGAGCCCGCCACGCCCCUCCUGGGACUCGGACUGGGACUCAGACCAGGACCCUUCCCAGCCACCACUCAGCAAGAGCUGCUCCUUCCCACCUGGUGUGGAUCCUCCCCUGCCCCAACCUACCCUUCCCCUCCUGGCCUGCCCUGGAAUCCCAAAGUACACGCCCUUCCAACUCCCAGCCUGGGCAUCUGCUCCCUGACCUCCAGCCCUGGGGUGCCCUGGACCAGGCCAGCCUCUGACCCACCCUCUUUCUCCACAGCCUGAGCAGCUGGGACUGCUCUCCCUGAAGACCCCUCCAGAGAGAAAAUAAACUAGCUGAGACCCUCCUCCACCUGUGGACUGCUGCUCCUGGCUGCUUCCUGUGCCUCAGAGUGACCCCCACAGUUUACUACCCAGUCUUGGGGAGGGUGAACAGUCCCAGACCCCAGGGACUGUUCGGGAUAUGUGGGCCUAGGGUCAGGGGACAGUGUGAGGCUGGAUUUAGUAUAUGACAAGGUCAGGGGUAAGUCUGUCUAGAUACGAGUGGCCAGAUAGGCCCUUGGCGAUCUGGCCUGCUGUCCCUACUGCCCAAAUGGGGAAAUUGAGGCCCCUGACCCUCAUCUGCCCUGCGUUCCUCCUAAUAAGAUCAAGCAGCGACCACCAGAACCUGGAACCCACCUGAGUCCCCCUCCUCCCAGGACUCAUCUCCGCCCCGGCCCCCACCAUGGCCUCCCUGCCCCAGCUCUGAGCAGUCCAGAGUCCCCCGGGACCCCAAGAUCCCCAUCUCCCCCCAGGUCGGCUGUGCACCUGCUGCAGAACUCCUUUGAUGGCCUCGCCAUAUCCUCAGGGCGCCACCCUAGAGCCCCGAGCCUCAGGGGUGAGGGGGGUUGAGCAGCACUCCAGGGUGUGUGUGGGGAGAUCAUUCUCAUCUCCGCCCAGGGUUUCGGCCCGGGGUCACGCUCUGACACCCCACCCUCCUCUUCCUCUCAGCACCCACCAGGGUCCUCCCUCCCAACCUCCAACCUUCAUUCCCUCCCGAAUCUAUUCUAAAACGCCCUGACCCGAAGAGCAACAGAGGCCCCGCCCCGGAUCACGCUAAUGAGACUCCGCGAGGCCCCGCCUCACGGGUUAUGCAAAUAAUGCUCCCGGAGGCCCCGCCCCUCUCCCCGCCGCGGAGUCUGCGCUGCGCGGCGCGGCGCGGCGCGGCCCGGCCGGCCGACGGCGUCUCCAUCUCUGCGUUCGCUCUCUGGCCGGCCGUCUGUCUGUCAGUCCCGCCGCGCCGGGGCCGUCUAGGUGGAUCCGGGGCUCAGGCGGCGGCAGUCUAGACCCGGGCAAGCCAUGUGGAUGGGGCACUGGACCCAGAGUGCCUACCCUUACCUGCCUGGGCCUCAGUUUCCAAAUCUGUGCAAUGGGGGUGACCAUCCCUGCCCUGCUGGCCGCCAGGAGUGGCUGUGAGUCUGUGGGCGUGGCAGCGGCCUGCAGGAAGUCAUAGGGCCCUUUCACAGGCCCCACCCUGGCAGUGCCACUCCCUCCCCUUCUCCACAGGCCCGGCCUUCACCAUGGCGGGAGGGAGACCUCAGCUGAAGAGGAGUUUCUCCAUCAUUCCCUGCUUUGUCUUUGUGGAGUCGGUGCUGCUGGGCAUCGUGGUCCUGCUUGCUUACCGCCUGGAGUUCACGGACACCUUCCCCGUGCACACCCAGGGCUUCUUCUGCUAUGACAGUACCUAUGCCAAGCCCUACCCAGGGCCUGAGGCUGCCAGCAGAGCACCCCCGGCCCUCAUCUACGCCCUGGUCACCGCUGGGCCCACCCUCACGAUCCUGCUUGGGGAGCUGGCACGUGCCUUUUUCCCUGCACCACCGUCAGCCAUCCCAGUCAUUGGGGAGAGAACCAUCGUGUCCGGGGCCUGCUGCCGCUUCAGCCCCCCGCUGCGGAGGCUGGUCCGCUUCCUGGGGGUCUACUCUUUCGGCCUCUUCACCACGACCAUCUUCGCCAACGCAGGGCAGGUGGUGACCGGCAACCCGACGCCGCACUUCCUGUCCGUGUGCCGCCCCAACUAUACGGCCCUGGGCUGCCCGCCACCCUCACCGGACCGGCCAGGGCCCAACCGUUUCGUCACUGACCAGGGUGCCUGUGCUGGCAGCCCCAGCCUUGUGGCCGCUGCGCGCCGCGCUUUCCCCUGCAAGGACGCUGCCCUUUGCGCCUACGCCGUCGCCUACACAGCGAUGUACGUGACGCUCGUGUUCCGCGUGAAGGGCUCCCGCCUGGUCAAACCCUCACUCUGCCUGGCCCUGCUGUGCCCCGCCUUCCUGGUGGGCGUGGUCCGCGUGGCUGAGUACCGCAACCACUGGUCUGACGUGCUGGCCGGCUUCCUGACAGGGGCGGCGAUCGCCACCUUUCUGGUCACCUGUGUCGUGCACAACUUCCAGAGCCGGCCACCCUCUGGCCGAAGGCUCUCCCCUUGGGAGGACCUGGGCCAAACCCCCACCAUGGACAGCCGCCUCGAAAAGUUAAGUGUGGCCCAGGAACCCGAGGCCUGCAGGCCGCAUUCGACACCGGCACGGCUCACCCCAUCCAAGCCGCAGAACUGCGCCCACCGUGGCCACCUGAUCCCCAGCUGCGUGUCCUCCAGGGCUCCAGCCAUGUGUUCAUCACCCCGUGUGCCCCGCCCUCGAUUGAGGUCUGAGCCAACACCCUUGCCUCUGCCCCUGCCCCUACCCGCACCAACCCCCAGCCAGGGCCCCUCGCCCUCCUCCCCUGGGCCUGGGGGGCCGGGCGGGGGUGGUGGCCGUGGCCGGAAGCUGCUGCUGCCCACACCCCUGCUGCGGGACCUGUACACCCUUAGUGGACUCUAUCCCUCCCCCUUCCACCGGGACAACUUCAGCCCUUACCUGUUUGCCAGCCGUGACCACCUGCUGUGAGGCCCAACACCCACCCAGAAUCUGCCCAGUCCCCAUUUCUUCCCUGCCACGCGUGUGUGUGCGUGUGCUGUGUGAGUGCCAAAGCCCUUGUCCCCAAACCAGCCAGGCCCAGACAUCAGAGCAUGGCUGGAAGGACAUCUAGGGGACCCCCUGCCUCUCUUGCCCUCUGGGGCAUCUAAGUGGGCAUAAUUGGGAGAUGGGUCCUUGCCUCCUAGGAUUGCCCUUUUAAGGGCCAAAGCCUGACUCCACUGGCCAUUGCCUAGCCAAUGGGAGCCCCCCAGUUCUCAGAAUUCUGGCCAAAAGGAGUUUACUCCAGCCAAUAGGCGCCUCCCCAUCAUUUCUUAGAAUCCUCAGGCAAGAGGGCAACUCUAGCCAGUGUUCAGCGUCUGAACAAUGAAUAGGAGUCCUUGGUUCUCAGAAUUUCUAGGGUGGGUGGGUAUGAUUCCAGUCAAUGGGGGACCGCCCAUGUCUAAGCAUGUGCAAAGGAGAGGAGGGAGAUGGGGUCAUCUUUUGUCAUCGGGUCCUCUCUCCUCAGAAUCAGAGAGUCCAACUGGAGGGUGGGGGGCAGGCUCCCCCGUGGCAGGGUCCUUGGGGUACCCCUUCCUCUCUCAGCCCCUCCCUCAUAUGCAGUCUCUCACCCAGUCCCUCCUAACUCCCAACUUAUGCAGGGCUUGCCCCACUUCAGAGGUUUUGGGGUUCAGGGUGCUGCAUCCUUCCUUGCCUGUGCCCAGGUCACCCCAAACUCUUCUGUUAUUUAUUAGGGCUGUGGGGAAGGAGUUUUUUUUUCUUAGAACCCCCCCCCCGUUCUUCACACUGCCCCCCAUGCCUCAGCCUCGUACAGAUGUGCCGUCAUAGGGGCACAGGUGGAGCAAAGACGGCUCCCCGCCCCAAGCAGCCAAAGGCAGUGGGCAGGGGAGACACUGCCCCCUUUUCCUGCCCCCUCCUCAUCUUUAAUAAA